AUGGAAUUCCGGCUUGAAGUCAAUGGAUAUGAAUACUCUCUGAAGGCACUGUCGGCCUGCACAUUGAAUGAGGGAGAGAGGCAGGCGGGCCGGCGUAUAGAGGAGAGGCAGGCGGGCCGGCGUAUAGAGGAGAGGCAGGCGGGCCGGCGUAUAGAGGAGAGGCAGGCGGGCCGGCGUAUAGAGGAGAGGCAGGCGGGCCGGCGUAUAGAGGAGAGGCAGGCGGGCCGGCGCAUAGAGGAGAGGCAGGCGGGCCGGCGCAUAGAGGAGAGGCAGGCGGGCCGGCGCAUAGAGGAGAGGCAGGCGGGCCGGCGUAUAGAGGAGAGGCAGGCGGGCCGGCGCAUAGAGGAGAGGCAGGCGGGCCGGCGCAUAGAGGAGAGGCAGGCGGGCCGGCGCAUAGAGGAGAGGCAGGCGGGCCGGCGCAUAGAGGAGAGGCAGGCGGGCCGGCGCAUAGAGGAGAGGCAGGCGGGCCGGCGCAUAGAGGUGAGGCAGGCGGGCCGGCGCAUAGAGGAGAGGCAGGCGGGCCGGCGCAUAGAGGAGAGACAGGCGGGCCGGCGCAUAGAGGAGAGGCAGGCGGGCUAUCAAACUGACUGGGGGAUUGUGGUCCCAUGCAUAGUGAGCUGUGUAAUAAUGUAA